GGAUAAGGCACCCCAACGGAAGAAGGAAAAAGAAAACGAACCAGAAGCCGUCGGAAGAAGAAGAAGAAGAGGAAGAAGAGAGAACGAGGACGACAAUGUCUUCAGCCACUGCUCCUUUAUCGUUCCUUGGAAGUUCCUUUCUCGGCCGUUCUUCCUCACAGAAUCUUCGCAAUCGUCUUCAGCUUAAUUUUCCGGCAACCACCUCAAGUUCCGGCCAACACUCUCUUGCUGUCCAAGCCAAGGCUACGACCAGACGAGAGGAUCGUCAAGCUCGUCAUUCUCGCAUCAGGAAGAAGGUUGAAGGAACAUCAGAGAGGCCAAGGUUGUCUGUGUUCCGUUCGAACAAGCAUUUGUAUGUACAAGUUAUCGAUGACUCGAAGAUGCAUACGCUUGCUGCAGUUUCCACGAUGCAGAAAUCGAUCUCCGAGGGGCUAGACUACACUGCUGGUCCUACCAUUGAAGUGGCAAAGAAAGUGGGGGAAGCGAUUGCAAAAUCUUGUCUGGAGAAAGGAAUUUCAAAGGUAGCUUUUGACCGAGGUGGAUAUCCAUACCAUGGACGUGUAGAAGCACUUGCUGAUGCAGCUCGUGAACAUGGCCUUCAGUUCUGAAAUCCUUCUGUUUUUCUGUAUCUUCUUGCUUGGUAUGCUGUAAUAGUGCCAUCAGAUGACCUUGUUGAUUUGAAUGAGAAUUGUAGUGGUUCGGCUUGAAAUUAAGAGGGAAUUUGUUUCUUGAUUCAUCUCUUCUUCGAAAAUCAAAUCAAUGUCAAAGACAUUAAAUUAAA